UAUACAUGAGAAGGCAUGGGUAAAUUGUCAUUAGCUGACCGUGCCACUAUUGCCAACAUGUCUCCUGACUAUGGUGCAACCAUGGGAUUUUUCCCUGUGGAUCAUCUCACUUUGCAAUAUCUACAAUUGACUGGCAGAAGUGAUGAGACUAUUGCUAUGAUAGAAUCCUAUUUACGGACUAAUAAGAUGUUUGUAGACUACAACGAGCCUCAGAUUGAGAAAGUAUACUCUUCUUACUUGGAACUGAAACUUGAGGAUGUUGAACUCUGUAUAUCAGGGCCCAAGAGCAGGGAUGAUGAAGAUGAUUCUGUUGCCAAGAUGAAGGCAGCUGAGGAAGCCUUGGAAGCAAAACAAAAAGUAACAAAUAUCUGCUACCUGUUCUUUUUUUUUUUUAUCAUGUUUUAUAAUUUUGUGACAAAUUGUUCUUGGUACUCUGAAGAUAUUUGUGGAAAAUUACCCUAUGAUUCUAUUGCAUUUAUACUGCAUGGCUGCACCAUGUAUUUCUUAACUAGUUUGAUAAAUUUUAUGUGUGGUGUUUAAUUUUUCGUUA